GGCAUCAAAGGGAACCCUGUAUCUGCCAUGGAGCCUCUUGCCCUUUGGAAGAUAUCAUUAACCAAACUGGGAAGUUCAUCAUUGCAUAAGGCACCAUUAAUGACUUUUUAAGUGUGACUCCUUGGACAUCAUCCUAAACUUCCAGAGGUUCCAGAACUGUGUACAAAGAGGAAGUCUCCCUACCUUGGGGCUCCCACCCCCUGAAGGACCACUGUCUGACCCAAGCAGACACCCUGGAGUUAGAGGGAAUGGCUCCCAGGACCCAGAGGCCCCCAUCCCAGGGGUCAAUAACAUUCAAAGAUGUGACUGUGGACUUCACCCAGGAGGAAUGGUGCCUUUUGGACCGUUCUCAGAAAGAGCUAUACAGGAAGGUCAUGCUGGAGAAUGUAAAGAAUCUACUCUCUGUGGAGGCAGAGACCAAUUUUGAAGUGAAAGAGAUGUCUUCAAAGCUGAGCCUUUUAAUGGAAGGAUCUGGUCCCCAAAGAGGCAUGAAUCAGGGCCCCUAUGACUUCAUUUUGAGAGAAAUAUGUGACUCUAUUAUCAAGAAAGUCAACACUGGAGAGAAACGUUAUGAAUGUAAAGAGUGUGGAAAGACUCUCACACAAAAGGGCCAUCUUGCAAAGCAUCCACCAGUCCACACUGGAGACAGACCUUAUGAAUGUAAACACUUUGGAAAGGCUUUAACAAAGAGGGGCUCUCUUGCUGCAUAUCAGAGUAUCUACACUGGAGACAAACCUUAUGAAUGUGAUCAAUGUGAAAAGACUUUCAUACAGAUCUCUAAUCUUGCUGCACAUCAGAGAAUCCACACUGGAGAGAAACUUUAUGAAUGUACACAAUGUGGAAAGGCUUUCAUACACAGGGAGUGUCUUGCUACACAUCAGAGAGUCCAUACUGGAGAUAAACCUUAUGAAUGUACACAGUGUGGAAAGGUUUUCCCAGAGAGGUGCAAUCUUGAUGCACAUAAAACAAUCCACACUGGAGAGAAACCUUAUGAAUGUAAACAAUGUGGAAAGGCUUUCACACAGAGAGGCUCUCUUGCUGCACAUCAGAGAAUCCACACUGGAGAGAAACCUUAUGAAUGUACACAAUGUGGAAAGGCUUUCACAUGGAAGGGAGAUCUUGGUAAACAUCAAAGAAUCCACACUGGAGAGAAACCUUAUGAAUGUAAACAAUGUGGAAAGGCUUUCACACAGAGGGGCUCUCUUGCUGCACAUCAGAGUAUCCACACUGGAGAGAAACCUUAUGAAUGUACACAAUGUGGAAAGGCUUUCACACGGAGGGGCUCUCUUGCUGCACAUCAGAGUAUCCACACUGGAGAGAAACCUUAUGAAUGUAAGCAAUGUAGAAAGGCUUUCACACAGAGGGGCUCUCUUGUUGCACAUCAGAGUAUCCAUACUGGAGAGAAACCUUAUGAAUGUGUACAAUGUGGAAAGGCUUUCACACGGAGGGGCCAACUUGGUAAACAUCAGAGAAUCCACACUGGAGAGAAACCUUAUGAAUGUACACAAUGUGGAAAGGCUUUCAUAAGGAGAGCCGAUCUUGCUAAGCAUCAGAGAAUUCACACUGGAGAGAAACCUUAUGAAUGUAAACAAUGUGGAAAGGCUUUCAUACAGAGGAGUCAUCUUGCCAGACAUCAGAGAAUCCACACUGGAGAAUAA